UCUAUGAUAGAGAGCCUUUGUUAAAGUAACAGCAAUCAACGUUUAGAGUAUAGGCUGCAAACAACCCGCGGUUUGUUCAUAGUUCUCACCAGGAAUUACUUUCUAUUUCGUGUCAUUGGUCUACGAGGGUAAGAUUUGAUCUAUAAGGGACAUGGGCCGGAGCAAGAGCCGAACUCCUCCACCGAGACGAGAGAGAAGGCGUUCCCACUCAACUUCGCGGGAGCGUGAGCGAAGGCGAAGGGAGAGAGAUCGCUCUCGCUCUCGAGAUCGGGACCGAGACCGGCGCAGAAGUCGCUCACGAUCUCCUCACAGGAGGCGCUCGAGCAGGUCGCCUCCUCGACGUCAUCGCUCCUCCUCCCUCUCUCCUACAAGGCAGAAAGAUGACCGCAAAGAUGUUAAGGACAAGCCAGCGAAGCCCAUUCAGAUCUCAGAGGAAGACAUGCAGGGCAAGACAGAAGAGGAGAUUGAGAUGAUGAAACUGAUGGGUUUUGCUUCCUUUGACAGCACCAAGGGGAAGAAAAGUGAGGCAUCAGCUAAUGCACAUGCUAUCAACGUGUCCAUGAAGAGAAAAUACAGGCAGUACAUGAACAGAAAGGGUGGAUUCAACAGACCACUGGACUUCAUCGCUUGAAAGUACCUGAGAAACUUCCCUCCAUUGUCCUCCUCACAAUAGUGGAUGAUAUUGAGCAAUUUCCUGUUUUGUUUGCUUCCUUUUUUUUUUUUUCAUGAGUAAACACAUAAAUGUAAAUAGAAGUGCUUGAAGUGAGCCGGGCUCAGUAUUGAUAAGGACACAAUGCAUGGAGCUUUGUGUUGUUGAGGCGUGUGUAAUUUUUUUUAUUUUAAAUAAAAGCAUUUAAAAAUG